AAGCUUCCAUUAUCGGACAACGCUUGUCUCACCUCCACCUGCAGCCGGACUGGGUCACGUGACCCUCUGUUAGCGAGUGCGGACACUGCUAUAGACGCACGCGGUCUGACCGCACCAGGUCCAGGAGCAGGGAGGAGGAAGCUAGACUCCGUUCAGAUCCAGCAGGUUUAGUUCCAGGACCCUGGGGACAGGAGCGUGACCCAGGAGCAGGAUCCAGAGGACAGGAUAGGAUCCAGGAGCGGGAAUGGGAUCUUGGCUGGGGAUGGGGCUCCAUAUAGGUCCAUGUAGACUCCAUGCAGGUCCACAGAGGUCCAUGUAGCCUCCACGUCGUCAUGGAGACCGCUGUUACCAUGGAAGACCACACCGAUGUCACCAUGGUGAAUAAGAUGGCGGUCCAGGACUCGGACAAACCCCCCUCUUCUGACCAAGAACCACAAAAACCCGCCUCUGACCAGCCACGGCGCCGCCCCCUGGUUAGGCGGAGUCAGAGAGCGAAGAGGCGGAGUCUGUGCGACAAGAGGCGGAGUCAGAGAACAAAGAGGCGGGGCCAGGAGGAGAAGAAGGAGGGUGUGACGGUGAAGAGGACGUGGAGCGGUGGGAAGCGGCGUUGGGAUAAGAAACAUUACUGCGUGUUCUGCCGCCGGCCGCAGGUGAAGAUCGCUCGCCACCUGCUGAGGAAGCACGGCGACGAACAGGAAGUGGUGGCGGCCAGCACGCUGCCGCCCGGCUCCAAACAGCGCCACCUGCUGCUGGAGCACCUGCGCUGCAGAGGAAACUACCUGCACAACAUCGAGGUGAUCCGACAGGGCAGCGGUGAGAUCAUCCCGUGGCGUCAGCCCUCAGAGGAGGUAGACGCCAGGAACUACCUGCCCUGCCCGCUCUGCCUCGGCUUCUUCCUGCGCGCCGACCUCUGGAAGCAUCAGGUGUCCUGUCGGAAGAAGCUCGCCAUCAACCCAUCCAAAGACUCGGCCUCCUCCUCGGAGACCAGCUCCGACCCACACAACUCUGAGUCCACGGGCCGGUCCGGCUGCGAUCCGGCUCACAGCGGGACCUCAAAGGACCCACCUGUAGAUCCUCCUGGAGAAGCCAACCAACGCUCCAGUUCUAGAAGCAAACGGCCCUUGACCUCUGACCCCAGUCUAGAUCAGAACCUGAUCCCGGACUCUGCCGGGAACCGACCCAGGAAGCGGACCAGAGUCCAGGCCGCGGCGUCACGCCUCCUGCCGAUCUCCAGUGGAGCCUCUGAGAGCUGCAGUGAGAUCUUACACCGCAUGAACCAGGACAGCGUGUCCUACGAGGUGAAAUCUGAUUGGCUGAUUUGUAAGUAUGGGAACAAGCUGAUGGGGAACCAGGACGGCAGCCAGAGGAGGUACGACUAUGUCAGCCAGAAGCUCAGGGAGCUGGGCAGGUUGCUGCUGGCUGCCAAGUCCCUGGAUACUGGCGUCCAGAACCUGCAGGACCUCCUGUCUCCGGGACGCAUCAGCCUGGCCCUGUCCGCCGCCAGAAAGGCAUCAGGGUAUCGGUGGAGCCGCCCUCCUCUCGCCGUCAAGACCACGUUGAAGACGGUUUGUGAGAUAGCUAUCGGAGAGAGUCUGGAGGACGGAGACUGGGAGGCUGCUGCCAAGACCACUGACUUCUACCACAUGCUAGGGAGGGAGUGGGACAACCUGGGGCUGCAGAACCCAGGUUCAGACCCAGCUGCUUCAGAAGGAGCCAAAGGGAAGAAACAUCCGGUCCAGUCCAAAAAUGAGAAGGACCUCAGACCAGAUGGUCUUUUUAAGAACGGGACCAGACCUCUGAGCUCUGCCCUUCCUUCAGAUUCCAGACUGCAGAAUCCUGUCUCAGUCCCUGCUGGUCCCAGGAAAGUCCGCCGGCGCCCUUGGUCCUCCGCAGAGAAGGAGGCCAUCUGGCGACAGCUUGGAGACCACGUCCUAUUCCAGUCCGUACCAGGGAAGGAGGUCUGCCAGCGCUGUCUGGACCUGGAGCCGGUUCUCAGAGGGCGACACUGGAAGGACAUCAAGAACCAGAUCCACAACCAGAUCCAGAGCCAGAAAAAGCAGCAGUUUCAUGCUCAGAUGGACCUAGAGGAGAACCAGGACCACCGAGAUCAAAUUCAGAACCAUAGCCAGGAAAAGCAGCAGCUGCAGUACCAGACUGAAAUGGACCCCCAGCAGAAGGACCACCAGAACCAGAAAAAACAGCAGUACCUGUCCCAGAUGGACCAGCAGGACAAUGGUCAGAAUCAGAAGAGACCCUCAUACCACAUUCAGAUGAACCACCAGGACGGCAUCCAGAACCAGAAGAAUCAUCUUGAGCACACCCAGCUGGACCACCAGGACCACCUUCACAUGCACAAGAAACAGCUGUGCCACAACAGACUGGAUCACCAAGACCACCAGGACCCCAGCCAGAUUCUGAAGAAGCAGCUGUACCAGAUGGACCAGCAGACCCAGCCUCUGCAGACCCUGGACCGGGACACAUCGGUUCUGACCGUGUCACCUUAUGGGCCUGAGGGCCCACUUAGGCCCCCUGGACUCCCUCUGCUGGAGCGGGACCCAGCCAUCACCCCCUACCCUCUCCUACACAGGGCCCCGGGGCCCCACAUGGAGCAGCUCCUGUCCAGGCCCGACUGGACUGAAGAGGCUUUGGCCCAGAACUACUCAAUUGGCAGGUCGCUGGGCCGGAACCUGCUGCAGGAUGUCCCCCCAGGAGGACCGGCCCCCGACCCGCAUUCUGGACACGUCCACUUCUGAAACACCAGUCCAGUUCAGAUGGACAAGUUUAUAUCUGAAGGACUGGGUCCAGUCCUGACAGACCAGUCCAUUUCUAACUGACCGGUCCCGACGGACUAGGACGGAACAGAACCACGCUCUGUCUGAGAAAAGUAUUUUAUAUUUAAACCACAGUUCUGACCAGAACUUUAACAGAA